UUGGAUAUGAUAAGGGAGAAAAAAUGACUGAAGUGUAUCGAGAUGUUCAGAGAAGUGAUACUAGUAUAUAUUACUUUCUUUUGUGUAAUUCUUUGUUGUUCUUAGUUGGCUUGAAGUGUUAUUUUGUUUUAAUAUUAUAAUUUGCAUGUCUAUUAAAGUCUAAAAAGGCAAAAAAAGUGAUUGAAGUGGCUGAAGAUGCUACGAGAAAUGAAACUAGUCCAUGUGAAUAUGAUAGGACAAACAAGGUGAGGGGAACAAACAUUUGUAAGAAUGUUUUGCGAUUAAGACCUGGAGAAAAGUUAAAAGUCACUUUCUAUCAAAAUCGAGCUGUUGGGCCGAAUCACACCUCAUUUACGAGACACUUGGGUUUGAUAGUUCGUGAUCGUAAUAUGUGCCCAUUACGGGUACACUCAUGGAUGGAUAUUGAAGAACAUAAAAUUGAGCAUAUGUGGGCAGCUGUUACAGAAAAGUUUCACUGUGAUAACAUGAAUGAUCAAAGAGAUAAUGUUUUGCAACAUAUGAGAAAGCUUUGGAACAAUUGGAGAGGAUCGUUGCACAAGAAUAUGAAAUCUAAGUCAUUGCACGAGGUUCUAAAAGAUGUGCCGAUAGGAGUAGACAAGAAUGAUUGGGAAUGGUUGGUCAAGGAACAUUUUUUAUCUGAUAAGUUUAAGGCUGAAAUUCAAGAUCUUGUUCAAUCUGAACUGUCUCUUACUAAUAUUGAGGUAGUGGAAAGGUGCUUUGGACCUCAAUGCAAAAGUCAUGCAGUUGGAUUUGGUGGUGGGAUAACCACUAAGGAGUUGAAAGGUGGUAGUACUUCUAAGGUUGCGUUGUUGGAAGAACUGAAAACAACUCGAAAAGAAAAGGAAUCACUACAAAAGCGUAUUGAUAUUCUAGAGAGUAAAUAUGAUCGCCUUGAAAGUAUAGUAGUUCGUCAGCAUCCAUCACCUCCACCAGGUUAGCAAACUUUUCAUUAACUAUUCCAUGAUGUGUAUUUUUCAAUGAAUUUAGUGAUGUCAUUAACAAAUGCUCAUCUUUGAUAAGGGCUUUGCUAAUGUAGUGGUCUAUCUUUCUAUGAUCAGUUUAUUUUAGAGGGUAGACAGUCUUUAGUUGUACUAGUUUCCAUGAUGAACGAGACUACAUGCUUAUAGAAUUAUGCAUAUCUCUGUUUUAAUCAGGAUGUAU